UGGGAUUUAAAGAAACUUUGUGGGGAUUUUAUCAAACUACAUUCCAUUUCUGGACGCGCUCGACAAACAGGAAAUAUACAUUCUACAAAAAACGAGAUUGGCAUCCUGAUCAGCCAAUCAGGUUUCCCGACACUCCUGCGGAGCCAAUUGCAUCAAGGAAGAAGGGCGGGACGUCCUGUAAUGUGAUGCAAAUUCGACGUCGAGCUUGUUUAGUCCCACCUUUUUGUGUUUCCCGCACCGUCAAUCAAAAUAGAAAAAAAUCGACCCGAAUUCAACGAUCAACACUAGCCCGCCUUUGAUAAAAUAAUCAUGUUCGGAGUUUGGUUGGUUUGAUAAUCCUCCAUAGUUACGCUAUGACUGAUACGUAAACGUCUAGCGCAUCGAAGCGGCAACUAAUCGGUGAGUUUGUGAGAGCAGCAGCGAAGCGAGCUGCGUCUUUUUAUCAUUAGCUCCUUCGCUAACUAGCUGGAUAUGGGCAGCUAACCGAGCUAGCUGCUACCUCUCAGAGUUGACAAAGUAAAACUCGUUCUGGGCCCGAGUGCUCCUGCAAUCUACGUCGCAAAAUUGAAUUUCGCAGACGGCGGACCGGAGAGUGGGGAUGCUUUGCGGGCUUUUCUGGCAGGCAGGAGUUGAAGAUUACAGACUUUUGCUCGGUUUCUCCCCCUCUCCCUGCUAGCGCCAGAGCAGUCUCUGAAACAAGGAGAAAUGGCGUCCGCGGACGUGGACAGCAGUCAGAGCGAGUUCCUGCAAGCUGGCGGCGCAGCCGAAACACAGACAACAGAUAUGUCAGCCAUUCAGUUGACGGGUUCAGACCGAUGGGAGGUGUUGACCCCCGUCUCGGCUGCAAAGGAAGACCAAGGUGUCGUCCACAUUCCAAACUCUGGGAUUGUCACGUCUAACGGGCAGUACGUGCUUCCAAUCGGGAGUCUUCCCAACCAGCCCAUUUACGUUACAGCGUCUGGGAGCGAGGCCACGGCUAAUGGCGUGUCAGGCAUUCAGUAUCAGGUCAUUCCCCAAAUCCAAAACGCCGAUGGGACACUUGCAGGAUUCCCAACACAAGGACACGAGAUUCAACUUCUCCAAGAUGGCAGCCAGAGCAAUAUCGGAAUCAGCUGCUCCACAACAGCAGCUACAGACCUCCUCACACAGGCAGGCCAAGUUCAGUCCAUCCAGGGUGUCUCGUUGGCUGGAGGUUCAGCAUACGCUGGCACCGUACCUGUAGGGCUUCCUGGCAACAUUACAUUCGUCCCUAUAAACAGCGUAGAUCUUGAGUCUCUAGGGUUGACUGGGGCUCAGACGGUACCGAUUGCCACUGGGGUAACACCCGAGGGCCAGCUGAUUAUGAGCAGCCAGCCGCUGGGGAACCAGAGCCAGGACAGCAACAACAAACAGUCGCUGGUGACCGUGAGCGACCCCAACACCAACCAAGAGAUCUACGUGCCAACCACUUCCUCUUCUUCCUCCAACGCCUCCCAGCUCCCUGCAACCAUCGAUGGGACAGGGGUUCUGACCCAGGCCACAGCUGUGUCUGCAGGAGUGUCUGAUCUCUCUUCCACGGAGAACUUCAACUCCCACAACCACCUACACCAAAUCCAGGUGUCCUCCUCCAGUGCCACCACUAUCUCUCAGCCCAUUCUGCAACUGUCAGGGGACACCCAGGCCCAGGUGGCUGCGGGCCAGGACCUGACCGGGGCCGGUCAGACUCUACAGAGUGUGCAGCUGGUCAACCCAGGUACCUUCCUCAUCCAGGCCCAGACCGUCACCGCCACGGGUCAGAUUCAGUGGCAGACCUUCCAGGUUCAAGGUGUGCAGUCGCUCCAGGGGCUCCAGUUACCCCAGGGACAGGGUCAGGCCCAGCAGUUGACUCUAGCCCCAGUCCAGACCCUUCCCCUGGGCCAGACAGGCCAUGUCAGCCUCCCUAACCUCCAGACAGUCACAAUUAACUCUAUAACACAAACUGGAGAGCAGUACAUACAGAGAGAGGAGGCGAGGAGUCCAGCUGGUAUUCAGAUAAAAGAAGAGCCGGACUCGGAGGAGUGGCAGCUGAGCGGCGACUCCACGCUCAACCCCAGCGACCUGAACAACCUACGGGUCCCGAUGGUGGACGAGGACAUGGAGACGCCGAGCGGGGAGGGCAAGAGGCUCCGCAGGGUGGCCUGCACCUGCCCCAACUGCAAAGAGUCCGGGGGAAGGGGCUCUGGUGUCGGCAAGAAGAAGCAGCACAUCUGCCACAUCGUCGGCUGCGGGAAGGUCUACGGGAAGACGUCUCACCUGAGAGCUCACCUGCGCUGGCACAGCGGAGAGAGGCCCUUUGUUUGCAACUGGAUGUACUGCGGGAAGAGGUUCACCAGAAGCGACGAACUUCAGAGACACAGGAGGACCCAUACAGGAGAGAAGAAGUUCGUGUGCUCCGAGUGCUCCAAGAGGUUCAUGCGGAGCGACCACCUGGCCAAGCACAUUAAGACUCAUCAGAACAAAAAGGGCGGCGUGCCCACCUCCACGUCUUCUCCCACCACCGACGCCGUCAUCACCACAGACGGAACCACGCUCAUCCUUCAGACUGCCACCGCCCACGACCUUGUAGCCAAUCAGGAGAUCCCUCUACAGCUGGUCACUGUGGCGCCCGGUGAGGUCCUGGAGUAGGGGGUGGGGGCUUUUUUUGAUGACAGGCCGAUCACAGGGACCUCUAGAGCUUUUCUCUCCCCUCUUCUUCUUUUUUUUAACAUAUGAAUAUAUACGUAAAUAUAUAUGACAAAUAUAUAUAUUUUAAGUGAGAUUUAUCUUGACUUUGUUUGUUUUUUGCAGGCUUUUAUAGGGGGGCGAAAAGAAAAAAACAUUAAAUGUGGUUGCUAUGUAAACGCGUAAACACGUCACAAAACGUGAACUAACACUCAAGAACACAACGUGAAAUGCCUUACUUUGUAUUAUACUCUUGUAUAAAAUGCUGGAGGUUGCAUGUUUUUUACACAUUGCAGAUGAUGUGACUGUAACGGACUUUUACUGUUUGAGGAGGAAGGAGGAGGAUGUCCAGAACCUCUCUCUCUGGGAUGAUCAAGGAAUUUUCUGUUUUUAAUUCUGAUUCUUGUGGCAGGAGAGUUGUGAGUGAAACCAAGCGCUCUGUUUGAAGCAGCAUGAAGCCCAGGUAUAAAUGCUGCUGCCAAGACUGGAUCGCUGUUUUUAAAAGGAGUAGUUCAAAAUGUCUUUUUGGCUUAACUUUAAUACUGGAAACAGGCUUGAGGGAGUCCACAGAAGAAUUGCAGCUGUAAAAGUCCACGCUGGCUCGUUCUUGUUGUGUUUCCAGUGUUUGUUAAACAUGACCUCACUCACCUUUGGGCCACAUGUAAAUUAAGUUGGUUUCUACACAUUUUAUUUGCACGCAGCAGUCGUCUCCCAACAGAGCAGCGAUGCGACGCUAAAAACAGAGUGCAGGUGGAGCCGAUGGGCAGAGUGGGACGACGGCGCCGCCGUUUAGUCAUCUGGAGCAGACAAAGAGCAACUUCUUCCAGUGUCUGGUCAGCUUGAGCAAAAUGUCCCACCUGUCCUCCAGAGCACACAGUCCUCUGUGCUUUUUCACAUAUUGCAGAAAACAAACGCCCCUUUACUUUUGUUUUUGUUUCUGUUGUAAAUUGAUGUUGUAUUUCAGUCUCUUUACUAAUCCGGGUGUCAUCUAAACCAGAACACACACGACGACGAUCAUAGAUUGUGAAGGAGAACGUGUCCGAGUGUUGCCAUGUGAGGAAAACAAAAGCAGCAGAUUGUCAUCUGACGGUCCAGCUACGACCGCGUCGCGUGGGACGGCUUUUGCAAUAACAGCUCUGUUGCUAAUUCUGGCCAGAUGUCGUUCGAAAGGAAAACAAUCACGCCAUUUGAUUUUUAUUUUUUUAUUUAAUGUAAUCCUUUCCUCAGUUUGUCUUCAUGUUUGUAGCAUUCUUUUACAUGUAUAUUACUUAUUUUCACCUUGUUUAUAGAAGCCAUUACUUACUUAGCUGAAUUUGUUGUAUCAAAACCUUAUUUUAAAGUAAUUUUUUAAAGAUUUGGUGUAAAAAUUGAAUGUUACCUUUUGUAAAACCUUUUUUCAAAUGGAUCACAAUAAAAGUCUAAAAGCUUCCA